AGCUUCGACUUUUUUAAACAUGCUUUUCAUACGACUGUAGUCCCGCAUCGCAAAGUGCGGUUGGACUACGACCUCUUUAGUGCUCAAUAUGUCAGAUCGGGUAGAGGAUCCGGUGGAAAUACUCAUUCCUGGGGAGAGCAUUAUCCCGUCCAAUCCAGAGCAACCCGUAUCGACUAUCGUCGUCCAACCAGCAGCCAUUGGAUCUCAGGUCGUCCAUCCCAUCAAUCCUGAACUUAACAAAUGGCUCCCAAGUCGGGCUGUUCUCCACUGGCUAACACCCUUCGUACGCCUCGCCUCUCGUCAUCCCCUGCAAAAUGAAGAUUUAUUUGAUCCUCAUCCUCGCUUCUCGGCCAGCGUCUUGGGCAAAUUACUUGCAGCUCGAACAAAAAACCUUCGCAGAGAAUCAUCACCACCAAUACCGACACCGUCAAUCGAGCGCCCAUCUAUGGUUCACCUUGCAAGCGCUACCAGUACAGUGAAUGGUUCUACUGAAUCUCUGGCUGAUGACUCUACACGACGCCGGAAUGCAUGGAAUGAAGACAAAAACGACAAAUUCGUACAACCUACGGGAUUCAUUGAUGCUCAAUUGAAGAAGAAGUUCCGGAGAGAGUUGAUUUACAGUGCCUGGACGUUAUUCAAAUCAGACUGGAUCGCUUCAGGAAUUGCACAUGUCGUGGGUGCGGUCUCGAGUGUUCUUUCUCCGUUGAUCCUUGAAAAUAUCAUAUCAACAUUACAAGAUGCAAGCGCACCAACAUACCAAGGUUACUUACUCUGCCUCGCACUAUUGGCGCUUCAGAUGCUGCAAUCCGUGUGCACCUGUUACUAUUCAAAAAAAGAUGCUGAAUUGGCAAUUGCCCUUAGAUCGCUAUUUAUCGGUGCAGUAUAUCGCAAGUCAUUACGUUUAUCGGCUGUGGCCCGUCAGGAGUAUUCAAAUGGAAGGAUAGUUAAUCUUCUUUCAACUGAUGCGACAGUUUUUGAGUUUUUUGGCCUUACCUUGCACGAUGCAUGGGUUGUGCCGUUGCAAAUACUCUGUACAUCUGCAUUGAUCAUCUACUACCUCCGGUUUGCGGGACUUGCCGGAAUAGGUCUCAUGAUACUAUGUAGCAUUGUUCAAUCGUUCAUGAUGCGGCUGAUUGCGAAAUACGAAUCAGCGUCGUUGAAGCAGACGGAUCUGAGGAUAAAGCAGAUUAGUGAGAUGUUGAAUGGAAUCAAAAUCAUCAAAUUGUUCGCAUGGGAGGAGAGCUUUCUUAAGCGAAUUGGGAGUGUCCGCAGCUUGGAAUUGAAGUCCUUAACAAAGGUGACUGUCACCAGUGCCUUAUUUUAUGGGUUCUCCUAUGUGGUGCCCAGCUUGGUGGCCGUCGCAACUUUUAUCGUCUACCAGGUGGCCCUCAACCAACCUCUUUCAGCGGAUAUUGUUUUUCCAGCUUUGGCACUGGUGAACCUUCUGAGAGUUCCCUUGAUGAGUGUUCCAGAAAUUGCGGGAUAUGCCAUUGAAGCGCGGGUCGCACUAGAUCGACUCUCCCGAUUUUUAGCGGCCCCUGAAAUGGAUGAUGUGGGAAAACUUCUACAUAAUAAAGAGAGAGGCGGACCUUUUGCGGUGAAAUUAUCCAACGCUGAUUUUGAAUGGGAAAAGUGGAGUGGGGACAACUCCCUGAGCGCCAUCACUCUUGAAAUACCUCAUAAUAGCCUGUGCGCCGUCAUUGGACCGGUCGGUUCUGGGAAAUCAUCCCUUUUGUUAGGUCUGUUAGGGGAGAUGCGGCACAUCCGCGGAGGUAUGCACGUUACCCGUCCGAUUGCAUACUCCCCUCAACAAGCUUGGCUUCUCAAUGCUACACUGCGGGAUAACAUCUUGUUUGGAAGCCCCUUUGAUAAAUCCCGUUACAACGCGGUGAUAAAGGCAGCAGCAUUAGUUCGAGAUCUUGAACAAUUGCCGAGAGGGGACAUGACCGAAGUUGGUGAGCGAGGAGUAGCAUUGAGUGGAGGACAGGCUGCGCGAGUUAAUAUUGCAAGGGCAAUGUAUUCUAACGCAAAGCUGCUAUUACUUGAUGAUCCCCUGGCCGCGGUUGACGCUCAUGUUGGCCAACAACUCUUUAGCGACGGCAUCAGAAAGUACUGUGCUGAUCGCACACGCAUACUGGUAACGCACCAAUUAGGCGUGUUAUCGAAUGUUGAUUACAUUGUAUAUAUGGAGAACUGCCAAAUAAAGGAAAAGGGCACAUAUCACGAGCUCAUGGAGAGAAACGGACGUGUUGCUGCACUCGUGCGCGAGCAUGCGAAUCAAAGCGUCGAAGCUAGCGGUGAAGAACUGGAAGUCUCAAACCUUGCUAUUGCCGUCACUGUCCCUCAAGCAAAGGCUUCACCGUCACCCGUCACUCGAGCCAGACCUGUGAGUCCAGCGGCUCCAAAACAACCCACAACAGUCGGCGGCAACAUUCUUAUCGAAGAGGAACGCGAGACUGGAGCAGUGAAACUGCAAUUGUAUAUUAUUUAUAUGCGGGCGGCGGGAGGAUUUUUGCUGUGGUUAGGUGUAAUUUCGGUCGUAUUUUUCAUUCAGAUGGAUAAGGUCGUUACGGAUUUGUGGCUUGUUUGGUGGAGUACCGAGAAAUUCGAUGCAGGAAAAGGAGUGUAUGUGGGUGUUUAUGCUGGCUUGGGUCUCGUUCAAGCACUCUCUGCUGCUACGCUUGCCUUGCUGACAACCGCCGCCAGUUUGCGCGCUUCAAACGUGCUUCAUUCGAAUGCGCUAAAGCGCCUGAUGUAUGCACCAAUGUCCUUCUUCGAUGGCACACCUGCUGGUCGAAUAUUGUCUCGAUUUUCCCGGGAUGUGGCAGAGAUUGAUAGAUGGCUGGCAUUGACCAUAAGAUCCCUUAUGAAUCUCUGGGGGAGUGUUAUAGCGAGUAUUGGGUUGAUUGGAUAUGCAGUACCAGUGAUUUUUGUUGUAUUUGCACCACUGCUUCCGAUCUACUAUUUUGUACAGGGCCUUUAUCGAAAUGCCGCACGAGAGCUGAAGCGUCUCGAAUCACUGGCUCGGUCACCUCUGUUCGGACACUUUAGUGAGUCCCUCAAUGGUCUUCCGACCUUGCGAGCCUACUCUGCCACAUCUCGCUUCGUUACCCGUGCUGAUACCUUCUUGGACAACGCAAACAGACCUUCUCUCAUCAAAUACUAUGUAAACGCAUGGGUAGCGUUGCGAAUGGAGAUCUUGUGUGGAUUCGUCUGCUUCAUGGUCGCUACACUUGGCCUGGCUUUUCGCAUUUCACCUUCUCUGUUGGGUCUCGCUCUUAGCUAUACGCUCUCGCUGACAAGUGCCUUGAAUAGCGCAAUGAACGUUUUCGCAAACACGGAAUCCAGAAUGAACUGUGUCGAGCGCAUUAACUACUAUGCAACUGCCAUCCCAAUGGAACCCCAAUCAGUUGCUGACGUACCGCGAAAUUCAGUAGAACCCGAACCCACCCGAACCAACAAAGUUGUCCCUACAAGAACCAAACCUAACCUUCCACGCCUGCAGAUCCCUCGUCCAAAAUGGCCAUCUUUGGGCGCGAUUGAGUUCAUAAAUUAUUCGCUAAGAUACAACCCUGAUAAUCCUCCGGUUCUACGAAACAUUACCUUGUCCAUUGGAAUGAAGGAAAAGGUGGGGAUUGUGGGUCGAACUGGGGCGGGAAAGAGCAGUAUCAUUGCUGGGCUGUACAGGCUAGCGGAGGCUUCUUCCGGAAAAAUCACGAUAGAUGGGGUGGAUAUUUCCACCGUAACUCUGAAGCAGUUAAGAAGAAGCUUAUCGAUUAUUCCUCAAGCACCAAUUCUCUUUGAGGGUACAAUACGCAGUAAUCUCGACCCUACCGGCUUUCAUCCAGACCAACAUCUCUGGAAGAUUCUCGAGAGAUGUCGAUUAAAGUCCUUUGUUGCUUCCAUGCCCAGAAAGCUAGAUGGACAAAUUACCGAAAACGGGGAAAAUCUGUCAGUCGGACAACGGCAAUUGCUUUGUCUGGGCAGAGCUAUGUUAAUGUCUCCGAAAAUUUUGAUUAUUGAUGAGGCAACUGCGAACGUUGAUUACGAGACGGACGCUAUGAUUCAGCAAGUGCUCCGUACCCACCUACGUCAAUGUACAAUCCUUACCAUAGCCCAUCGACUUUCAACCAUCAUGGAUUAUGACAAAAUCCUAGUUCUUGACCACGGACGUGUCGCUGAAUUUGAUUCUCCUCCCAAUCUCCUUGCUAACCCGGAAUCAGAAUUUAGUAAGCUAGCUGAAGAAACCAUGGGAGAUAAGGCGGAGUCGUUGAAGAGUUUAGCCACAGAAGGGGGGAGUAGUAGUUGGGGGGAUAAACUGGAUUUAAAUGAAUAG